AUGUCUAUUUGUAAUAGCUGUUCUACUGCUAUUACAUCAAGAUCCUUGUCCAUUUCUUGCAAUGAUUGCAAAUUACCGUGGCAUGCAAAAUGCCAAAAACUCACAAAAGAAGACAUUGCAUUUUAUAACGAUGAAGGCUCAUACUGGAGAUGUCACAAGUGUUCGGCAGAAAAAAGAGCUUCUCUACGAAUUGAUAACCAAAUUAAUGAUGAUAAUACAAAUCUCUCCGAUAUUAAGGACAUUAUAUUACAACUCAAAGAUAAUAAUCAAAAUAUGAAAACCCAAAUCAAUACUCUAGAAAGCAAAAUUGAAUUCCUUGAACGUCGUUUGAUUAAUAAUGAAAUUGUCAUUGACGGUGUUCCAGAAAAUAAAUUAGAAAAUAGCUACGAAAUAGUCAAAAACAUCGGUACUCAACUUAAUAUUAAAAUUACAGACCCUAUGAUUAAUGACUGUCACAGAGUUGGUCGUACACAAAAUAAUCUUACAAGAAGAAUAGUGGUUGGAUUCACAAGUCACCAAGAUAAAGUAAAAAUAUUAGACUCUCGUAAAAUAAUAAGGAAUCUGUCCACAAAGAAUAUUGGUAUAGAACCUGAAGUGUCAAUAUACAUAAGAGAAAAUUUAACAUCAAAAAGCAGUUUCCUAUUCAAACUAGCUCGAGACUUCCGCAAUCAAUACAACUAUAAAUUCGUCUGGACUAAAAACGGGCAGAUUUUCCUCCGCAAAAAUGAGUCAGAGAAAAUAAUCAACGUGGCCAAUGAAGAG